AGCCCAUGGAUGUGGAGAACAAUCCAGAGAGGAGCAGCUACAUGAAGACAGAGCUCAUUUCUGUCUCUGAAGUACAUCCGUCCAGACUGCAGGACAACAUGUUGCCCAUGUCUCCUGAUGACUACAGGGCUUUGUCACAGUUAGUCGGCCCCAGAGACAUUGAUGCUGUGACCAACAAUCUGCUUGGAUUUGAAGAGCUUGAUGUUCAGGUAGAGGCAGCCUCAGUUUGUUGCUCUACACUGAAUAGUGCAUCAGCUUAAGUGUCAUUUUCUUUAUGUGUUGUUGCAUGCAUGACAUCUAA